AUGGACGAUACAAUUUCUUCUUUUGGAACAUUUGCUUCUCCAGUCAAGCCAAAUUCUAAAUUAAAUGAUUUCAAGAUUCUAUGUAAAUUAGGCGAAGGAUCAUUUUCAACUGUGUUUAAAGUACUCCGUUUAGUAGAUAACAAGAUUUAUGCCAUGAAGAAGGUUUAAAUGAGCAGAUUAAAUGAAAAGGAAAAAGGAAAUUCUUUAAAUGAAAUAAGAAUUUUAGCUUCAAUAAAGUGCGAUCAUAUUAUAGAAUACAGAGACAGCUUUUUUGAUGAUUAAUCAGACACACUUUGUAUAGUUAUGGAGUAUGCAGGUAGUGGUGAUUUACUUCAAAAAUUAAAAGAGUAUAAGCUAAUAAAUGAAAAAUUACUUGAGGAUGGAUAAAAUGAAACAAGUGAGAGCCAGGUAGAACAAGAUUCAUCUCCAAAAGAAGAAAGUGAUAAAAGUUCUCGUUCUUAAGAGAAAAACAAGCGCAUAUACAACAAACUCAAUUAAUAAAAUGAAAGUAUUAAAUCAAAGAAAUCAUCAAUAUAAGAAAACUCAAGUAAGUCUGUGGUGUAAGAUAAGCAAUAAUAGAUGGUUUUUAUGGAUGAAGAGUUGAUUUGGGAUUAUUUUAUUCAAUGUUUGAAAGGUUUAAAGUGCUUGCAUGACUUGAAAAUCGUACAUCGUGAUUUAAAAUGUGCAAAUAUAUUUAUAGGUGAUAAUAAUAUUAUUAAAAUUGGAGAUCUAAAUGUAUCCAAAGUUACAAGAAGGCCAGAGUAAAUGGCUAAAACGCAAACAGGUACUCCUUAUUAUACUGCACCUGAAGUGUGGAAAGGGUUGUCUUAUAACUAUAAAAGCGAUGUUUGGUCUUUGGGAUGUAUAAUAUAUGAGCUUUCCGCUUAAAAGCAUCCUUUUAAAGGAAAUACAAUUGAAGGGCUAUUUACUAAUAUAAUGAAAGGAUAGUAUGAAAGAAUACCAAGUUUUUAUUCUGAAGAAUUAGCUUUUGUUAUAUCUUAAUGUUUGCUUUAGAAUCCCAAGCUGAGACCAGGAUGCGAUCAGCUUUUAAAAUUGCCUGCAUUUGCUUCAAGACUGUAAAAAUAUGAAGAAAAGUAUAGGUAGUAUUUGCAAAAUCAUAACAAGUAAAAAAUUCAUUCUAACUUCCUUAAUGUGACAUCGUAAAACCAUCUUGAGUUUACCCCCUAAAGAGUAUAAAAGACCAACACUGAAGGACCCCAUCUUAUCGAUACUAUUAAUAUGCCUUCUAACUUAAAAUAGUUGUCUGCUCUCUUACCUAAAUCUAACUAUGAAGAUACCCCAAUUUAACUUCCUUCAAUAAGUGAAUUUGAUGAAAAUAUUGUUAAUAACAAUAAUCAUUUGCACAAUAAAAGCAACUUCAUGAAAUUAAGAGCUUCUGUUCAAAAAGUUUCUGAAUUUGAUUAGCUUGAGAAGAUAUCUUCUGCAGAUUCUUCAUCAUCAUCUUCCUCACCAUCAGCAGCUACAAACAGAAUAACCAAGAAUUUCAAGGAUAAUAAUGAACUGUAAAAUGAUCAAUUAAAGACCUCGUAGAUGCACCAAGAUAAUAUAUUUUAAGCUUUAUUGGACCUUCAACCAGCUGAUAUUCUUAAUCAAAAAUUAACUUUAACUUAGUAAUAAAAGGAAACUACAAAAUUAACAAAUAAAAAGAUGAGUUAGCUCUAACCUUAUCAUGAUUUAGUCAAUGAUUCUCCAAUACGUUUUAAUCUUCAAAAGGUAUAGAUGGAAAACAAAAAUUAAGAGCAGAAAAGUGAUGAAAAAAAAGAAAAUAGCGAAAGAAAGAAUAUAACUCUAUAGAAAAUAGAUUUCAUUAAUGAGCAAAAGAAUCACAGUGGCUUGAGUUAAAAUAAUAAUACUAAAAAUACAAUAAGUACAAAUGCCCAGACUUUCAAAAAUAAUGAUGCAAGCAAUAAAAAGUAAAGCUACCAAACAUCAUCAAAUAAAAAUGAAGAAGGCAUAACCUCAAGAGGCUCUCCUAAUAUUUCUUUAGUUGAAAACAUUAGCAUUUAAGAAAAAAACCCAACUUUAAAUUCUUAAAAUAAUAGCUUAGAAGUCAUUAGCAACUACAUGAAGAAGUUAAAGAUGCGUCCUCAAAGCUCUGCAAUUAGAAAUUGUAUUACAGUUGAGUGCUAAAACAACUCUAGCAAAUGCAGUAGUAUUUUAAAUGUAGCUCCUCAUCCUUCUCAACAAAAUUUAGAAAUAAAUUAAUAGUAAACUCUAAUUACAGAAGAGACAUGCCCAAAAUUCAUUGUUCCUAAUGUUAGAUAUUCCCAAAAUUCUAGUAAUAUUAUCUAAACAUAGAGCACUUUUGGGGAAGAGAGUUUUCUCAAUAAAAAGCUAAAAAACGUAAAUGGCUAUUACAAUGAUGUGAGAAAUUAUCGUAUUCGCUAUGCUAGAUAAGGAUCUAAAGAUAAUAGGAUAUAAGCUAGUAAUAUAAAUUCUAAUGUAAAUUCCUCUUUCAAUAAUUAUAAUAAUAAUAACAGUUCAUUUAACAAUAACUACAAUAGUAAUGUAAAUAAUUCAUUUAAUAACUAUAACUACAAUAAAAAAAUAUUAAAAUCUGAGGAAGACUCUACAAGCUAUUCACCAUCGGCUUUAGCAAGAGGAUUUAUUGUUCCUUAUAGUGCAAUUUAGCAUGAUAAAAAUUCUAGAAUUAGCACUAUUAUUUCUUCAUCUUCUUAAUAACCCCGUAGACUUCCUUCUUCUGGUAGAAAUAACCAGAAAAAGAGCUAUUCACCUAUAAAUAAAAUAACUUAAUUCACUUAAUUAAUGAAAAGAUAUUUACCUAAAGGAAUGCUCAAAAACUGUCCAGUUUCAAAUCAGGAAAGAAAUAAUUCUAACAAUUCUUCUAUCAACUAAAAUAAUCACAGAAGUCCUAUAGUAUAUUAAAAGACCCCUAAUUCAGCUAAAUAUCCUUCUCAUAAAAUAGCAGCUGCAGCAGCUUUUAAUACAAGUUUAGUUUCAUAGCUAAAUAAUAGCUCCAUAAACAGUAACAACUACUCAUUUAAUAACCAAAAUAUAUCUCCUGUCAUCACUUCUAAUAAAGAAAAUGUAAAUACAGCAAAUAUUCUUGACAACAGCUUUGCUUUGAUUCGUCAUUAAGCAAGAUAAAAUAUCUAUAAAAAUAAUAAUUAGUAAAAUGGUGGAGUUAGAGCUGUUUAAUACGAAAAAAAUUUUUUUAAUAACAACAACAAUAACAAUCAUUUGAAUUGUAACACAAAUCAUAUCUAAAUAGUUAAAAAACUAGGAAACGUAAAUAAUGUUUUAAACUCUCAUACUUACAACAUAAAUCGCUCAUCUCCACCUAAAAAAGCCUAAUAAAAAGAUUCAUAGCAUAGAAAAAAUAUUUUCUAUCACCCAAAUUAUAUAAAUUGUUUAAAUUAAAAUAUUAAUAGCUCUAUUGUGUAAAAAGUGGCUUAUGUGCAAAAUCCAAAAAGUUUAAACUCUAAAAUUAGCACUUCCAACAACCAAAGCAGCUCUCAAGAAAGAAAAUAAAUUAAAUAAAUCUUGAGGUGA